AUGGAAACAUUAGAAGUUCAUUCUAAAGAUUUUUUAGUUAAAUGGGUGUAUGCUCCCGAUAAUAGCAUCAUUGACUGGCAAGUCAAACCACUAAAGAAAUCAAUCAAUUUUGCGAUUUAUCGUAAAAAUGAAUCAUCCGACGGUACAAAGGAAGCGCCGGAGAAUUCACUUCCACGGUCUACAUCAUCUUUAAGUAAGGAUGAUGCUUUAAAUGGGAGCGUGGAUAGCUUAGGAAGUAAUAUUUCGUCGGUCAACUUGGCCAAUUCCAACGUGUACAAGACACGGUCUCGGUCAAAUACAUUUACUAAUAAUUUAAAUCAUUCUGAUUUAACAUUAGUGAAAGAUUACAAGAAAUUGAUAUCUGAUGAGUUGGUUCAUGGAAAAUACGAAAUAGAGAAGGGUGGUGUUUUUGCAUUUAUAUUUGAUAAUUCGUUUUCCAAAACUAUUCUGAAAAAGAUUUUGUUCACUUCAAAAAUCUUGUUUGCUAGUCCUGGAAAGAAUAGUAUAUAUAGGCGCAAACUGACAAUUCAAAGGAAAUCUAGUACUGAAUUAAAGCUUCGCAAUGGUGAAAGCUCUGGCAGCCAAGACUUGCAAGUCCCAACGCCCAACAACUCCAGGGCCAACAAUGAAGAAUUAUUACAAUCAGUACUAUUGAAAAAGAGAAGAAAGAAGCUACAAGGUUUUGUAAAGAGAUUUUUCAUACUUAAUUUCCACCAUGGCACAUUGUCAUACUUCAGAGUAAAUGAUAAUAAAUUGAGGGGACAGAUGCCAAUAAAACAGUCUAUAGUUAGUGCAAAUGCUAAAAACAGAGAAAUUAUCAUUGAUUCAGGAAUGGAAGCUUGGUGUUUAAAAACGCUUAAUCCGCAAGAUUUCAAUCUAUGGGUCGAAGCUUUCAACGAAGUUAAGAAAUCACAAUAUGCAUGUGAAAUGGAUAUUCCUGAGAAGUCACCUGUCAAACCUGAUAGUGCUUCUGUUGUACAUGAUUUAGAGACGAUUUCUCAGAAGCUAAAUACCCUAAAAUUUAAAAAUGAUGCUUCUUCAGAAUCAUUAAUUUUAAAUAUCCUGGGAAUUUCCGAUGAAAUAGAGCAUGCACUUGAUAAGUUGAAGUCUGCUAUAUCAAUUAACGGGGCUACCCGAGGCUCUGCUGGUGAUGCACAUUCUGUCUUUUCUUCUAAUGAAUUUUAUGAUGCUAAAGAGUACAUUGAUGCAAUGAACUCUGGUGUAGUAUUAUUGGAUAAGCCAAAUACAAAACAAUCAAUUAACACAUACUCAGAUGAAAGUAUUGAUGAGGAAGAAGAACAAGAAUCACUUUCUUCCUCUUCUUCCUUUUCAAAUGAUGAUGAUGAUGAUGAUUAUCUUGAAACUACCGUUAUCAACAACUCAAUAGCGGAACCUACCUCGAAUGAUAAUGAUAAUAAUUUGUAUCCUUUACCACAUGAUCCGGUUGAACGUGAUUGUGAUAUUCCUGUUUGCGAACAUCAACCACCUAGCAUAUUAGGAUUCGUAAGAAAGAAUGUUGGAAAAGAUUUAUCAACACUUCGCAUGCCUGUCGAUAUCAAUGAGCCAAUUUCAAUUUUGCAGAAGUAUGCAGAAAUAUUUGAAUACAGUGAAUUGAUUGAUAAUGCAUUACAGCUAAACUGUGAAGAUACUACAGGAGAAAGAAUACUAAGAAUUGCAGCUUUUGCGGUGAGCUUUCUUUCCCCUAUGAGAGUUCGGGAAAGAAACGCUCGUAAGCCCUUUAAUCCAAUAUUAGGAGAAACAUAUGAAUUAGUUCGUGAAGAUUAUGGUAUACGAUUUUUAAGUGAAAAAGUUAGCCAUAGGCCGCCAGUCUUUGCUAUUUUUGCUGAAUCCAAAGAUUGGUCCUUCUCAUUUAGCCCAGCUCCAAAUCAAAAGUUUUGGGGUAAAAACUUUGAAGUUUUUACAAACGGUGCCUGCAAAUUAACUAUCAAGUCAACAGGUGAAUUAUUCACCUGGAAUCAGCCAAUAACAUUAUUGAAAAAUAUUAUCGCCGGUGAAAAAUAUUCUGAACCCUCUUCAGAAAUAACUGUGAAAUCAUCUACCGGAUUCAAAGCAAUUGUUGAUUUUGCAAAAAGUGGUAUGUUUAGUGGAAGAUCUGAAGAUUUAACCAUUAAAGCUAUUGGCCCCAAUAGGACACAGUUACCAUAUUCAGUAAGCGGUAAGUGGACUGAAUCAUUAAUUUUGAAAACCAAUACGACUGAAAAAUUAAUUUGGACUGUAGGUGAAGUAUUGCCCAACUACGCAAAGAAGUAUGGGUUUACCAAAUAUGCCGGUUCAUUGAAUAAAAUCACAGAUAUUGAACGAGGUCACUUACCGCCAACUGAUACCAGAUUUAGACCAGAUAUCUUAGUGUACAGAAGUGGUGACGUAGCUAAGGCGGAGAUACUUAAAGUUAGUAUUGAGGAUGUGCAAAGGGAAAAGCGAAAAGAAUUAGAAGUUAGCGGUGAAAAAUACAAGCCUAAGUUCUUUACGCAAGUUGGGGGUGAUCCAAAGUAUCCUGAGACCGGUGAAUGGGUUUACAUAACAGGUGAAAAAAGUUAUUGGAAUAGAAGAGAAAAUAAUGACUGGGACGACUUACCAAGUUUGUGGUGA